CAAAACCACACCCGGACCGCCGCCGCCACCAUGGGCUCCAGGCCUGAGCUGAAGGUGGACGAUGAGGCCGGUUUCGUCAAGAAUUUCCACCAACUCGAGAUCAACAAGCCGACAGACACGGUCCGGAUAUUCGACCGGGGAGAAUAUCUCUCGGCACAUGGCGACGAUGCCGAAUUCAUCGCUCGAGUGCAGUACAAGACCUCUGCAGUGCUCAAGACGCUGGGGAGAAGUCCCGGACUGCCAUCCGUCACCAUGACCAUUACUGUCUUUCGGACGUUCCUUCGAGAAGCCAUCUUUCGUUUGGGGAGACGAAUAGAAGUGCUCGAGUCAUCUGGUCGUGGGCAAUGGGCAGUGACGAAGCAAGCAUCGCCCGGAAACCUGCAGGAUAUUGAGGAUGACCUCGGUGGGCACGUCGACUCUGCGCCCAUCAUACUGUCGGUCAAAGUAUCGGCCAAAGCAAACGAGGCACGCAACGUGGGUGUCUGCUUCGCCGAUGCCAGUGUUCGAGAGCUUGGAAUCAGCGAGUUUGUGGACAAUGACAUAUACUCCAACUUUGAGUCGCUGAUCAUCCAGCUCGGCGUGAAGGAAUGCUUGAUUCAGGUCGACACUACGAAGAAGGAUGCGGAAUUGCACAAGCUGAAGACAAUAGCCGACAACUGCAACUGCGCAAUAGCAGAGCGGCCGGCUGGCGACUUUGGAAAGCAAGACAUUGAGCAAGAUCUGACCCGAAUACUGCGAGACGAGAAGGCAGGAGGUACCUUGCCUCAGACGGACCUCAAGCUAGCGAUGGGCUCAGCUGCGGCACUGAUCAAAUAUCUUGGAAUCAUGUCAGAUCCUAGCAAUUUUGGCCAGUACCAGCUGUACCAGCACGAUCUGAGCCAAUACAUGAAACUGGACUCAUCAGCGCUGAAAGCACUGAAUCUGAUGCCAGGACCCAGGGAUGGCUCCAAGACCAUGAGUCUCUACGGCCUACUCAAUCACUGCAAGACACCCGUUGGCAGUCGGUUGCUCGCACAGUGGUUGAAGCAGCCUCUGAUGAGUUUGGAGGAGAUCGAGAAACGACAACAGCUGGUAGAGGCUUUUGUGAAUGACACCGAAUUGAGACAAACAUUGCAGGAAGACCACCUUCGAUCAAUACCCGACCUGUACCGACUGGCAAAGAAAUUUCAGCGGAAGAAGGCCAACCUGGAAGAUGUUGUCCGAGCUUACCAAGUGGCUAUUCGCCUGCCUGACUUCAUUGGCACCUUUGAAGGAGUCAUGGACGAAACAUACAAGGAUGCUCUUGAUGCUGUCUAUACAAACAAGCUGCGAGAUCAUUCUGACAGCUUUGUCAAACUUCAAGAAAUGGUGGAGACCACAGUCGACCUGGAAGCACUCGACAACCACGAGUUCAUUAUCAAGCCCGAAUUUGAUGAUACGCUCCGUGUCAUUCGAAAGAAGCUCGACAAGCUCCGAUAUGAUAUUGACAAAGAGCACCGACGUGCUGGAGACGACCUAGGAAUGGACACCGAGAAAAAGCUGCUUCUGGAAAACCACCGAGUGCAUGGCUGGUGCUUCCGUUUGACACGAGCAGAAGCUGCCGUCAUUCGCGGCAAGAAACAGUACCCAGAGAUUGCAACUCAGAAGAACGGCACGUACUUCACCACACCCAGGCUCUCAGAGAUGCGACGCGAGUUUGACCAGCUAUCGGAGAACUAUAACAGAACACAAAGCGGACUUGUCCAGGAGGUCGUCAAUGUAGCAGCUUCUUACAGUCCAGUCAUCGAGCAACUCGCCGGUGUCCUGGCUCAUCUCGAUGUGAUUGUCAGCUUCGCCCACGUCUCCGUUCACGCACCCACAGCCUACGUCCGACCGAAGAUGCACCCUCGCGGCACUGGCAGCACCAUUCUCAAGGAAGCUCGACACCCGUGCAUGGAGAUGCAAGAUGAUAUCCAAUUCAUCACCAACGACGUCUCUCUGACCCGCGAAUCCUCGGAAUUCCUCAUCAUCACUGGCCCCAACAUGGGCGGCAAAUCGACCUACAUCCGCCAAAUCGGUGUCAUUGCCCUCAUGGCACAGAUAGGCUGUUUUGUGCCUUGCUCCGAAGCCGAACUCACCCUGUUCGACUGCAUUCUCGCCCGUGUCGGAGCCAGCGACAGCCAACUCAAAGGCGUCAGUACCUUUAUGGCCGAAAUGCUCGAAACCUCCAACAUCCUCAAAACCGCCACGAAAGAAUCCCUCGUCAUCAUCGAUGAACUCGGGCGAGGUACCAGCACCUACGACGGCUUCGGUCUCGCCUGGGCCAUUAGCGAACACAUCAUCACCGAAAUUGGCGCAUAUACCAUGUUCGCCACCCAUUUCCACGAACUCACCGCUCUGGUCGACACACAUCCCCAAGUCCAAAACCUGCACGUCGUAGCGCAUAUCGAGAAUGGGAAUGAGGAAGGAGGAGAAGACGUCCACAUGACGAAUAGUGGCAACAACAAUCAUCGCCGCCGCGAAGUCACAUUACUCUACAAAGUCGUCCCCGGAAUCUCCGAUCAAUCCUUCGGAAUCCACGUCGCAGAACUCGUCCGCUUUCCUCAAAAAGUCGUCAACAUGGCGAAACGCAAAGCUGAAGAACUCGAAGAUUUCUCUGGCAGUGGUAGUGGUAGUGGUGGUCAAAGUAAUAAAACCGAUCAGGAUCGCGAAACCUCAGGAUCAAAUCUUUCACAUGCGGCUGCUACUGCGACGGCAUCAACAAAACAAGAAGACGUCGAAGAAGGUAGUCGAUUACUCAAGGCAAUGUUACACAAAUGGAAAGAGCAAGUCGAAGCGGAAAAUUUGGAUUCCGAGGCACAGGUGCAGAGGAUGAAGGACUUGGUGCGAGGGGAUGCGAAGUUAUUGGCGAAUCCGUUUUUUCAAGGUGUCAAGGCUUUGUGAAAAGAGUGGGAUUGAGUGGUUCAAGUGAGUGAGGUGGGAAAAGAGUGGGAAAUUCCAUAACAUCGCUAUGCUUCAUAUGGCUUCCAUUGUAGAUGUUAAAAACUGUCAAGAUAAGGUAGGUACGUGUAUAUCUGAAAUUGAUACUGUGCAUCUCAU